UAAUACUGUGAUUCGUAAAUAAAGAAGUGAUGUAAAAAUAUGUAGCAUUCACUAACCAGUGGAGGCAUUUACAAAACAACAACACCAUGGCAUUUGGCUUUAGCAUUGCAUGUGUGUGUCGACGCCAUUUAUUUGGUCUGUUUAAGUUACAUCAUCACAGGUUUACGUCAAAUUAUUCGAUUAAGGAAUGUCUUUCAAAAGUACAAGAUUUCCAAUUUAGUCCAUAUCUGUUAAAAAAUUGUACAAUAGGAACAUCAUUUUCUGAGGCAAUCGUCAAACCAGUAGAGUGUGUGGCUGAUAAGAACGGGAAUUUGAGGAAUCCAGAAUCUAUUCCAGAAGAUAUGAUAUCUUCAUAUAUAUCUUACAGAGUGAAUUUCAAAGACUUGUUUGCAGAUGGGUUUCGCAUGUUAAGCGACAGUGAAAGUCUAGGACGCAUGUAUCAACUUGCUCCACUGUUUCAUUUUUUGCGGAAAAAAGAUUACCACGAAAAAUGUCUUCGUAAGGCAUUACAAGAACUUAGAGACAGGAAAAAAUUCACAGAGUCGCAAAUAUCCAUGUUGCUGGCAAUUCAUCUUCUGUCACAAUUGGUAUUUCCAAGUUAUGAUCCAGGUUCUACAGACACUUCUAUACCAUUACCAUAUAUUAUGUCCAACGAUGUUCCAGAUAAAGUUGUUAGCUGUCCCUGUGGCUGUGGUCGAACAGUUUUUUAUGGAAAUACAGGAAUUGGAACUACAGCUUUAUGGUAUGGAAACCCAGACAUACUUGUUUUUCCAAAUGGUGGUAUUUGUGGUAUUUCAGGUUCCCCAGUAAAUGAAAUCUCAGAGUUCCAUGAAUUGGUAGAGGAAGAGGAUCAGAUAGUUGAGGUAGAAACAGAACUUUCAUCUCUGCGGCAAUCGAAAAGUAUUCAUCAGUUUUCGGCCCAAGCAAUUACUUUUUCGUAUUACCAAGCAUCAACCCAAGAACAAAACAGCAGCAACAGUGGUGGCUUAGUAUCUCUCAUACCAACAAUUGCUUUAAGUGAAAAAGGUUUUGAUGUAUAUAUGUAUGAUAGUGUGAAUGAAAUUUUUUUUAGAAAUUGCAGUGACCCUCUGCCAUUGUGGAAUGAACAAUUACCAACCAAUCAUAAUGCAACAAUCAACAUAUCGUCUGUUGUCAUCCUUUGGAUGUUAAUUAACCAUCUUGCGUUGAAGCCAGCAGUCACCCCAGCACAUGUUUCUUUGUUUGGAGGAUCAUCUUCAUUAGGAAUUGAUAAGGAACAGAUACAUGAGAUAAAAAGGACUAUUACAAUGUCAAAGCAUUUCCCAGUUCCUGAUAUACAGGAAAAAAUAAAUCUUACAAAAAAGAUAACUGUCUGAAGUACAGUACAUCAAGCAAGAUAGGCUACAACUGUAUUUUGCAGAAUAUCUGAAACUUGUGGACAGAGGGUAUAUUUCACUCAAAUUUCAGUAUACCAACACAAAAAGUGAAUGCUAUUUUAUAUUCUGAGUACAGAUAAUUAUUAGUUUUCACAUUAUAUAUGUUUUAUAACAUGUAUAAUGACGAAGCAGUUAAAAAUGUAAAAAUAACCUUUUUGUAAAAAAAGUAUUAUUACUAUUUAUUAAUUCUUCUAUUUAAACAAUGUACUAUACCUGAGGCCGACCUGGCCCUCCCUUCUUGUCAUGUAGCUUGGUGUUGAGAUUCAAGACUAUGUUUGAUCCAGGUUAUGUAAGGAAUUUCCUUUUAGAUUUUAAAGAGUGGUACAGAGUUACUGUAAGCUUGUUAAUGUCACUGCAAGUUAUUAUUCAUUAACGUAUUGUUUACUUAUAUUCAUAUUUAUUGUUGGAGUAUGUCAACAAAUUUUGAUAUGCAUUUCUAUAGAUUUCACUCUGUUACAUUUGCCUUAAAACAAGGAAUUAUUUAAAUUUGGAAUAAUUUCGAUUUCUGGAAAAUUGAUAAGAAAUAUAUGAUGAAAACUAACAUCAAUUAUUUUUCCCUCAAGAUUUAAGAAAUUGUCAAUUUACCAAAGAAAAAAAUUUGAGGUCACAAUUUAUUUUGCUAAUUCUUUGUACAUGUAUAUAGUCUGAAAACAGAUUAACUAAGUAUUGCGCAACAGCACAGUGUAUUGCACAACAGCAAGAAAUCUUCAAUUGAAUAUAAAUUCAAAUAAUACAACCAAUUUCAAGUUCUUUGACUACAUUUAUUCUGUGUCAGAAACCUAUAAUGUGUCAAAUAUUUAAUUACAAUCAAUCCAGACCUGUAUCAAGCUUGAAUAUUGUGUCCAGUUUUGCCCCAACUGUUCAGGGUUGGACCUCUGCGGUCAUAUCCAGCUGCGCUCGGCGAAGCAGUUUAUUUAUUUAACUGAUCUUCUCCCCAUAAAAUUUUUAUAGAAGAAAAUUUAUCAGGGAUAUAUUUCUAAACAGGAUGUAGAUAAACAAAAAAUGUUUUACUGACCAUGCUGAUCAACCUUUAACUUUUUGGCAUAAGGCUAUAAAUAUGACAAAUAGUUUUUUGUCUAGAGUCAUUAACUGUUUGUUGAAUUAGACUAAAACAAUUUGAGUCUCUUAUUUUUUACAACAAAGGAUAUUUAUAAAAAGUAAUAAGUAAAUCAAAAAUUGAAAAAAAAAACACAAAAAAACAAAAAAACUACAGAACAAUAUGGAAGGGCAAAAAUGGAGUCUUAUCUUUGAGAAAAGAUAACUUUUUUCAGUGAUAAUUGAUUUUCCCCCUCCUGUUUUUGAUAUCCAAUAUUCAGGGUUAAUUUCAUUGUAAUGCUGACACAAACAUAGAAUUGUACAAGUUUUGCCAUAUUACCAAUAGAUACACAUAUAUAUUUUUCUUCUCUUUUUGGACGGUAAUUAUGUAAUGUAAAAUAUUGCAAUUUAGAGGUACAUAUCACUAAUUAUUUUUACAUUAAAAAAAAAAUUACAUUCGUAUUUGUAUGUAUUUUUUGCUCACCUUGACCAAAUUUUUAUGCAAAUUAUUACCAUCACAUGGUGUCUUUCAUCUAUCAAUCAUCAUUUGUCUUUGGCACCUCAGACUUGAAAAAAAAAUCUCUCCAAAACCACUAGACAGAUUUAAACCAACAUGUGUAGUGUCAGUGUAAUUGUGAUCUAACUUAUAGCUUUUCAUGAUUAUUGAACAAGAUUGCUAUCUUGCAUCUAUAAAUUAAAAAGGAGACGUGGGAUGAUUGCCAAUAAGACAACUAUUCACCAAAAAUCAGAGGAUUUAAACAAAUAUAGGGCACUCUAAGGUCGUCAACAAUGAGUUGAAGCCAUAUGAUAUUGCAAGCUAUAAAAGGCCGAGGUAUGAUAUAACAUGAAUCAACUCAAAGAAGGAAAAACCAACAGUCUGAUAUAUGCUAAAAACAACAAACAAAUAACCAAUUGGGCAAACAUCUAGCAACUGCUUGCACUGAAUUACAAGCUGCUGACUAUGGAUAUGCACAUAAAGAAUGUUGCAGGAGUGAACAUGUUAUAUAUGCUAGAACAUUCCAUCCAAGGAUGAUAUUUUCAUAAAAAAAUGCAUCAAAAUCAACUUAAUAUUCAAACUUUUGGAUAAGUGAACCAAUUUUUAAUUUUCCAAUUACCUAGCAUUUCUGGUUUUCACUUGUUUGAAAAUGAUUUACAGAGAACACUUGCAAUUUGUUUGAUUAACAUGUUUUGAUGGAAUUAUGCCCUUUGAAAUCUAAAAAAAUUGUUGAAAGUUCUUGCAUUAUCAUGAUUAUGUUGGCACAUAAUGAGCUGACAUUUGGUGUGAUAUCAUAAAAUGACACUAUACAGAUUUGUAGGUUAUUCCUUAUCUUUGUAUUUUGAAGAAGUAAAAAAUGUAUAAGUAUUUAUUAUAAUAUCUUACCAGUUGAUUCAGUGAAGUCUUUGUAUCAUAUCUUAAAAUUAUACUUUUUGUUUAAUCAGUGUACAUGAUUAAGUGAUGGCAAAUAUUUAUGUAUUGUUUGUUGAAAUCUGAAUUGUUGUGGUAUGACUCAUAAUAAUGUUAUAUAUUUUUUAAUGAAAACUGUAGAAUCAAAUUUGUAGGUUUAUUUCUUUUCACAGGACAAAGUGUAUAACUAGCCCUUCUAGUCAUAAUUUCACAGAUUUUAAAUUAGAUUUACUAGAACCAUUGUACAUUUUUUAUAUUAAAUCUUCCAUAAAAUCAA